AUGGACUACGAAGCAGUCAAGGAGCAAUGGAGCGAGGUGGAAGAUCGCGAUGGCGUUCGCCUUAGCUGGAAUGUCUUCCCCAGCUCUCGAAUGGAAGCCUCGAGACUAGUUGUUCCUAUUGGCGCUCUAUUCACCCCGCUGAAAGAGAAGCCCGAGACGCCUCUACUUCAAUUCGAGCCCGUCACAUGCAAGCAGCCUUGUCGAUCGGUCCUCAAUCCAUUCUGCCAAGUCGAUGUUCGUGCUCGAGUAUGGAUCUGCCCAUUCUGCCUGUCAAGAAACCAGCUCCCUGCGCAUUACAAAGACAUCACCGCGAAUGCGAUCCCACCGGAACUGCACCCUGCCAAUACUACCAUCGAAUAUAGGCUGUCAAGGCCUGCUCCUGCGCCGCCUCUGUUCCUGUACGUGGUUGAUCUAUGCCAAGAGGAGGACAGCUUGUCUGCACUCAAGGAAUCACUCGUGAUGAGCCUCAGCCUGCUCCCAGAAAAUGCGCUGGUUGGCCUCAUCACCUACGGCACAAUGGCCCAAGUCCACGAGAUUGGCUAUGAAGGUUGCGCCAAAUCGUAUGUGUUCCGCGGAAGCAAGGACUACUCCGCCAAGAAUGUCCAAGAUAUGCUAGGACUGUCUUCUCAACCCGUGCGGCCUGGAGUGCCACCACAGGCAGGUCGCCCAAUGAAUGCUGGAGCCGCGACGAGAUUUCUCCUGCCUGUUCAGCAAGCCGAAUUCCAGCUCACCAAGGUUUUGGAGGCACUACAAAAAGAUCCCUGGCCAACCGCCAGCGACCGGAGAAGCCUUCGUUGCACAGGUGUCGCUUUGAGUGUUGCCAUCGGGCUGAUGGAAUCAACUUUCCAAAACUCUGGUGGUCGCAUCAUGCUCUUUGCCGGCGGGCCUGCCACUGAAGGCCCCGGUAUGGUUGUCGGUCCGGAACUAAGGGAGCCGAUUCGUUCACAUCACGACAUUGAUCGCGAUAACGUCAAGUGUUACAAGAAGGCAUUGAAGUUCUACGAUAACCUUGCCAAGCGCACGGCUCAUAAUGGGCACAUCAUCGAUAUUUUCGCGGGCUGCCUCGACCAGGUUGGCUUACUGGAAAUGAAGGGGCUUUGCAAUUCGACAGGAGGUCAUAUGAUUCUCACUGACAGCUUCACAUCUUCCAUGUUCAAACAAUCAUUUGUCCGCAUUUUCGAAAAGGACGGCGACGAUAACCUCCUCAUGGGCUUCAAUGCAGUGCUCGAAGUGCUGACGACCAAGGAGCUUAAAGUCACUGGCCUAAUCGGGCAUGCGGUAUCUCUCAACAAGAAGUCGGUCUCGGUUGGUGAGACAGAAUGUGGUAUUGGUAACACCUGCUCAUGGAAAAUGUGUGGCAUCGACCCCAACUCCAGCUAUGGUAUUUAUUUUGAAGUUGCCAACCAAGGACCGGCAGCUCACCAACAGGCACCACAAAAGGGAAUGAUGCAGUUCUUGACAUAUUACCAGCAUUCCUCGGGCCAAUUCCACCUUCGAGUAACAACUAUUGCUCGAAAUUUGAGUGGCCCUGCCGGAGACCCGGCUAUUGCACAGUCUUUCGACCAAGAAGCAGCGGCAGUCCUCAUGUCGCGGAUAGCUGUUUUCAAGGCCGAAGUCGACGAUGGCCCAGAUGUGCUUCGCUGGGUGGAUAGGAUGUUGAUUCGGCUUUGCUCCAGAUUUGCAGACUAUCGUAAGGAUGACCCGACGUCGUUCCGCCUGGAGAAGAAUUUCACCCUCUAUCCCCAAUUCAUGUUCCACCUCCGAAGAAGUCAGUUCCUCCAAGUUUUCAACAACUCGCCUGAUGAGACUGCGUUUUAUCGCCAUGUCUUGAACCACGAAGACGUCAGCAACUCCCUCGUCAUGAUUCAACCGACUCUGGACUCGUACACAUUUGAUCAGGAUGGCGGUCAGCCAGUGCUACUUGACUCUGCGUCCAUUCAGCCGACCCAUAUCUUGCUGCUGGAUACUUUCUUCCACAUUCUUAUCUUCCAUGGCGAAACCAUUGCUGAGUGGCGGAAGGCUGGUUACCAAGAGCAAGAGGGAUACGAAAACUUUGCUGCUCUAUUGGAACAGCCAAAGGAAGAUGCUAGAGAUCUCAUCACAGAUCGGUUCCCGCUGCCCAGAUUCAUUAUUUGCGACGCAGGCGGCUCCCAAGCUAGAUUCCUGCUAUCCAAACUCAACCCAUCAACCACCCACACGACGGGACCUUACGGCGGUGUGGGGGCAACCUCUGCCCAAACCAUUUUCACUGAUGAUGUUUCCCUGCAGACUUUUAUGGACCAUUUGAUGAAGCUCGCUGUUAGUGGCACGAAUUAA